AUGGACAUGAGCCGGUGUGACGUUUCAGUGACCAGCGGCUCGCCGGUGCUGGACAUCUCAAACAGCAACGCCGGUGACCAGCUGGAAGAAGGCACCUGGGCGUGGCCCAUUCUGUCGGUGAACAUGGACAACGUGGACCACCUGCUGGCCGAACCGUUCGUGCAGAAGCUGUUUCGACUGUUCCUGUUCUUCGUCGACCCGUCGUUCUGCGACGCCAUCGACGAGACGGAUCUGAGGCCGGACCCGGCGUUGUCCACCAGAAAAACCAUCACCGGCCAGGACACGCAGUACUUCUGCUACCUACUGUCGCAGUACAUCGUGCGGGACCAUUUGAUGACCGCGCACGACAACGAGGUGAUCAGCGCCCGGGUGGACGAUCGCGAGAGCAGGACCUUCAAGGACUUCAUCCAAACGCUGUCCGACGUGUUCCCGAUCGAAAGGACCAAAAUCGAGGGCGCCAUCGACACCUUGUACGACAAGCUCGUCAAACAGCUGUUCAAAACGGUCAGUAGCCACUUCAUGAAUGACAGCUGCUGUAUUAAAAGUUUCCUGUUUGUCGUUUGUCUCACGAAACUGAACAGGGCACGAAUGACAGGGAUGGAUCUCGUUUCCUCGGCCCUCUUGUUCUUCACUCGUUAUUCUGAGGUACGAGGUUCUCGUUUUCAUCACCUGACCUACGAACCGUCCAAUGACAAAUUAGGAAACAUGAGCAGACGCUGCUACACUUGCCUUACGGGAUCUGUCGCUUUUUGUCCGUUGGCGACUUGUCACUCAACCUUGUUGUGA